UUAACGAAUGUGCUGAUACAGAAACUGCCUCUGAAAGCUACCCAGAGAAAUGUGACAACAGCGGUCCCUUUAAAAUGACGCCAACGGCGGGUGACGUCACUUAACUCCCCCUAGUAACCCUCGUCGGCGUCUCGGAAGGAAGAUGGGUUUGUUGUCAAUCCUUAGAAAACUAAAGAGUGCCCCAGACCAGGAGAUACGCAUUCUGCUCCUCGGAUUAGACAAUGGUGGAAAGACGACACUUCUCAAACAGCUAGCCUCUGAGGAUAUUAGUCACAUCACCCCUACACAGGGCUUUAACAUUAAGAGCGUGCAGUCUCAGGGCUUCAAACUGAACGUCUGGGACAUUGGAGGCCAGAGGAAGAUCAGGCCAUACUGGAGAAACUACUUUGAAAAUACUGACAUGCUUAUUUAUGUCAUAGACAGUGCAGACAGGAAGAGAUUUGAGGAAACGGGACAGGAGCUGGCUGAGCUGCUGGAUGAGGAGAAACUUAGUGGCGUACCCGUUUUAAUCUUUGCCAAUAAGCAAGACCUGCUGACCGCUGCUCCAGCAUCUGAGAUCGCAGAGGGACUGAACCUGCACACCAUUCGGGACCGUAUUUGGCAAAUUCAGUCCUGCUCUGCACUUACAGGAGAGGGAGUCCAGGAUGGCAUGAACUGGGUCUGCAAGAACAUUACUGCAAAGAAGAAGUAGUGAGCCUAGUACUUUUUGUAAAGGGAAUGUGAAAAGCAAACUUUGUGAACUGUGUGGAUUUUCUACCAGCUCGUCCAGGUUAAAGGGACUCUUCUAACCCCUGACCCCUCUGAACCAUUCCUCAGCCAUCCACUCUGUACUCUCUAAACACUGUGCAAUAGCAUGAAAUUCUGAUUUAUACUGUACAAUCAACCACUGAAGUAAGUGUAAUAAGUGUUUUUGCAUUAUUAUUAUUAGAAUGUUAUGUCUGUUGGAUCUUGGAAUCUCUUUCAAUAUCUUGGAUUUCUAUGAUUUAUUCCUUUUAGAUUUAUUCCUUUUAGAUGUUUUAUACUUUGCUAGGCUUUUUUUUUUUUAAGAAAAACAUUACAUAAACCAUUUCUUGCAUAGCCUGUUUUAUUUAACUGACUGUGGGAUGAGUAUCAGGCUAAAUCACAAUGAUAACCUGUAUAUCACAACCAGCAGGGUUGCUACACAGGUGUGCUUGUAACAGGUUUAGUAAGCCUAAGAACCUGGCUGUAGCAGUGGAGAGUUUCUUCUAUUUACGAUGACAUGAUAUUGAGAGAAUAAUAUUCUCAUCCACAUGAUGCCUUCUGUAAAAGUCAGAAGUCUGAAGCACCAGACCAGCAUGUCACAUGUAACAGAUGCUCUUGUCACAAACAGGAAAAAAACAGAAUACAUUAGAAGUUAUGACAAUAAAUAUUUAAGAAAUGUCUACAAAAUGAAAAUUAAAUGACAUUUCUCAUUUCUCUAUGUCUGUAUAAACUUUAGCCAGUGCACAAUUAAUGGUGAAAGUCAAGUUAUUUUUACACCUUACAACCAGAAAUUAAUCUACACAUAGACUACAAUUAUUUUUUAUGGAAGCUUGUUUUUGCCACUGAUUAAAAAAUAAAAAAGGCAAUUGUGA